ACAGUUUGUGCGUAGCACGUGUCGGUACCGUGCGCUUGUUCAGUGGUUAUUUAGAAGAACCAAAACAAAAUAUACAAUAAUAGCGGCGCGUCGUAGCGUGGACCUUGACCGUUGCAGUUGCCAGUUGGAAGGAAAUUAUUGCUUCCUGUGUCUGUUUCGUCAAAAUCUUUCGUGGAGACGAACGUCGUCCACCCUCCGCCUACUAGGAUGGGUCCUCUAUGCAAUAAAAUUUUAUCAGCUAGACUAAGUCGAAUGUUUGGCGUGAUGAUUGUUUGAUGUAUAUAAUCAUAUUCCAAUAAACGGUUUCUGUUUAUCAAAAGUGCCUGCUAUGAUUGCUUUGUAUUUGGCGCGAUAACCACUCUCGGCUGAGCGAUACUCUCAUCUGGGCAGUUUGGGUCGCGUUGGCCGUACAGGUAGAUCGUCGUUAGUCGCGCCUUCAGGGCAGAAUCAAUCAGCAUCUGCAGGAGGUGACAUCGAGUUGUAAUCCCAUGGCGAACUUUCGGUAGAGAAUCUUGGAAGUGUACCCUAACACACGGUAUCAGUGCAUCCUUAUCGCCAUCUCACUAGGGUAAUUUAUUGAAGUCAGAAAGCGAACGCGAGACAGCACACGCUUUCUUUUACUAGGCGUUCAAGAGUCUUGAAAAGAUUUGUAUCAACGGUAAACAUUUGUCUUUAUUCAAAAGAUUAAAACUACAACAGAAAAAAGGACAGUGCUGGAAAACAUUGUCUCAUGUGCAAAACCUAACGGGUAUCAGUCCGACGACCAUGGGAGUUCACGAGCUCGAUCAGUGUUAAACGCGAUGGCAACGGAAUUUGUUCAUCUCAAGCUCGCGGCAUACUAGAUGUAACAGUUUCCAUGUAAUUUUACUGAAUGUGUGUAAGUGGAAUUAAACGUGAUUCUGAGUGAAACUGUGUAGAAAAACCCAAUAACAAACAUGGCAAAAAAUCAACGAAAUACCAAAAAUGGCACGCAGGUCGAUCAUGUCGCGUACUAUCACACCUACAAGUACAACUCGCUGCAGAGGCUCAACAAAACUAAAAACAUGCACGGUGUCAAGCGCGUCAUAGCAUUCUGCAUACUAACAGCUGUCCUGCCAGCCUCACUCAUCAUACUUCCGUUAUACCUGCGACAUACUGUAUUCGCGGACGUGGUAUACCCUAUAGCGGAGUCCGACAUCAUCGAGAUCCGCGAUGGUAUAUCGACGGUAUUCUGCCAACGUCAUACCCUGCAGAUGAACACCAGCUUCAAUGCAUUCCAGCUCAACCAGAAGCCGGAAAUCUCUCAGAACCGGAAGCACAUUCGGCUGAAGAAGUCCAUGUCGCUGCCGGACGAUACUCUGGAGUACUGGGGGUUUUACCUUCUGAAGGGAGCAACCGUAGCGUUGAAGGUGUGCUCGCGUUACGACGGUUCCCGGAUACUGGUCGUCAAGGGAGAAAGAAAUCUUAGGACCUGUGGUCUGCUGGACCACAACAAGAACAAAGUGGGGGCACAUUACAAUACCGAGCACAUCCAGGUGAAGGUGACAUUCGAAUCUGCGGCCGAAAUUGUUGAAUCGUCUGGAAUUACGAGCAACAAAUCGGGCCGAUAUGUGUCCCCAGAUGAAGGGAACCACGGAGGGGAAGAUCUGACCGAAGAGGACAUGACCGCUGCCGAGAGUGUGGAUCCCUCUGGACGAACGCAUUUUCCGUCGACGCCGACUAAACAGACAAAGCAUGCAUCGGAAACGCGAAACUCAUUAGACUCAAGGCAACAGAAAGCAGACACCAAUAGUACAAGAGAUGAUGGUUCCGGUCCGGCCACGGUCAGGCCUUCCGGCACUACACGUAAGCAUACUCAAACAUCAGAAGCACCAAACACCCUGCCGGCAUCGUCCAAAGAGAUUGUUAACAGUCACAAACAUAACCCUAACUAUAAGGAUUCCAAGGUGGAUGGUUCCGUAGCGAGUGAAGAUCAACAGCGCCAUCGACGAAGACGCCAUCACGGUAAACACGGUCAUCACGAUAAGGUUGAUAAACAAAAGGCUCAUUUGCAAGAAUCGCUGAGUGGGGUAGAUAUGGCGAUGGAUAACAUUGGCACUAGGGCGCGGCGUGACAUUGUUUACGAUCGUAAAAUUAACCAUGGCGGCAACGCCAUGAAUUUCUCUAACAAUAACUCUGACUCGGAGUCUAGCUUUGAGAACAGUUUACUCACAUGUUACGAUGGUGAUAUUCUUGUGGCGCAAAGUUUCCCGCCAAGUCACUUAUGUAAGGACGUGCAAUAUCUGGAGAAUGGUAUCCAUAUGGUAACGAAGCACGAGGUCGCGUCCGAUGGAUAUUACUACUACAUUUUCUACAGUGACAACGAUUACGUGCAAAACGAUAUCCAUGCUGUGUUUGACAUAUACAAACCGACCUUUCAGUAUUCCAACAUUUCGGAGUCGAAGGGUUGCGUAAACAGUACAAAUUGUUCAUUUCCCAUCAGUUUUUGGUCGGACGAACGGGUGAUAGUGGAGGUGCCCACGAGAGACGGUAUAGAACACGAAGAGGAUGACAUAACCUUCCUGAUAUCGACGUGCCAGCCGCGUAUGGCUGUCUACAUCGUGUUCCCCAUAACCGUUCUAUUUCUUGUGUUGACGUGCGCUUUUCUGUAAGAUUUAUUUUUUUAUUGUAUUCAUAUUGAGUUACGUUUUAAAUGUUUUUCUAGUUAUGCAGAGCAAUAAACCGUUUUCCACUUUAAAGAACUUAUUCACAUGGACAACCACCAGCUCUGCUUGAGUUUACAGUGGCACAGCAAUCAUUAAUAUGCAAAUUAAUUUCGUCUAUAGACAUCUUUGCAUGGUACAUUUGGUGCGGAGCUGAAUGUCUAUUGACCGCAAAGAUCCGAGAUGGAUGAAUUCCUUCAACACCUGAAAAAGUCAUAUCUUUAUCUUUCGUAAUUCGGCUACCAAGGUUUGUCGAGUCUCACAUUAGUUUCGUCUACAAACCAUCCAGCAUACAGUUGAUCGUUAACGCAUUCAUCACCAAUCCAGUACAGUUGAGCCCGUAGUUGUUGUUUUACAGCUGCAGUCCAUGACCAUCACCCAUCAGUCACAACAACGCCUUCCGACGCAGUGAUCUCCAGUGUAUCCCAUUCGACAGGUCAGAUAUGUCCCUUCUUUUCAAGCUUAGUCCUCAGCUUGUCCAGAAUACAUGAUUUACCUGGAGCAGGACAUUUCUCAGUCAUUUGGCAUAAGGUCACUUGGCAUAAAGACAUUUGGCAUAACGGUCAUUUGGCAUAACGGUCAUUUGGCAUCAUGAGCAUUUGGCAUAAUCGAAAUACAGUAGACGUUUGAUAACUGCAACAUGUUUAUGUUUCACUUAGCGAACGUAAAUCCGAUAACUGCAACGCCUGACUGUGUCAACAAACCAUCAACUGACGUAAAAUGAACGUGAACUUCAUCCGAUUGUUCAUUUGGGCUAACAUGGCGCACCAUUCUGACAUUUUCCGGUGCGAUAACUGCAAAUUUGUUGCACUUACCGGACUUGCAGUUAUAAGGCAUUGCAGUUAAACCGUUUGCACCGACCAAACGUCUACUGUACACCCGCAUUCUGCCGAGUUAUGCACCUAUUCUGUUCCAUGGUCUCUGUUCCGUUAACCUGACGGUUCUCUCAGCAUCGUCGUUAAUGGCUGGUUUGGCGGUGCUCAAGGAAACCCAAACUGAGUUCGCCUUCGUCCAGCCACUCUGCGUUGAGAUUUGGUUAGUGAUGGCUGUAGAGAUGGUGGAGAGGUUUAAGCAUAAUUUUCCCGUCAUAUGCAUUCACAGUACUCCGGUGGUCUCGGAGUGUAACGAAAUAAGAGGAGGCAUUCAAUCGACGGUAAGAAAUCAUCCAUCGGGCUGGACAUUUGGGUCUCCUGAUGAUUUCUGUGCCCAUUCUACGAGUGGGGUGACACAGCUCGACAUUUGUCAUAUACCGCUGUAAUAACAGAUAAAGCAGAAAAUGCGUUGUUCCACUAAGUUUUCGUUUUUUUAUCAUCAAUGCUCAAUCUGAAUCAAUUUAUUGUUAUGCAACUGAAUUUUGCUAUUAGUUUGAACAUUUUUUUUGGUUAAUUUAAAAAUGAAAUGCAUAAGGCAUAUGCCAUAUGUUUUUCAUCAUUUAAAUUUUAUGUUUUAUGGCACGUUUGUCGUAAACAAAUUUUGAAAAUAUGCAUUUUUAUAUUCAGUUCAUUGUUGCUUUUCAAUUUCCAUACAAUUUUAAAAUCUCCGAACUCAGAAGACAAUAGUAUUUAAAUCUUCUCCUAAGUUACUUCUGCAAAGUUUGAGUGUAAGGUUUGUAUCAUAUAGAAUAAGUUAUCCCCUCUAGUUCAAUUGUUGUCUGAACAUAACUCUUUCGAACAUAUCGUUAUCGUUUUAUGACAUCGGAGUCGUACUGUAGUAUAUAAGUAAUAUUUAUAGAAGAAUGUAAGCACUCAGGUGAAAUCGAUAAUAAUUCGGCAAUGCUAGUCCUUAUAAUGCAGGUAAUAAGUCAGUUGAUCCUUAACAAAAAAAAAUACGUCAAAUACUAAUACGAUAUUGUAACAUUGAGAGGCUAUUACGAAAAGGCAUUACAUAUAAAGAAAAGCAGAAAGAAAAUAAUAACAUUAACAAUAAAGAACUUGAAGCAACAAGAGUUACCGAUCAGAAAAAUAACGCAAAUGACUGUAUUGAAAACAACAAAAGAAAAGAAUGUGAUAAAAUAACUGUAACCGACUCAACUUAAAAACAAAGAAAUAGUAGUUCAUAUAUGUUGAUCAUAUGACAGAACUGUAUUGAAUAAAUAUUGAAAACAUUGAAUACAUCAA